AACCUGUAAUCGAAUUGUUAUUGCAUUUCAAAAUGGGAUUAUCAAAACCAUAUCAGACUUAUGUCCUGUUUGUUACGCUAAUAAUAACUCAUUUUAUAUCAUAUGCAUGCGUAGAAUCGUGUACUUUCUUCGUUACUAACAAAUGCCCAUUUAAUAUAUGGCCCGCAACCGCACCCAACGUCGGGCAUCCUGUAGUGGCAAAUGGCGGCUUCUAUCUUCCGUCUGGAAAAACUAGAAGCUUCCAAGUGCCCGAGGAUUGGAGCGGCCGUGUAUGGGCAAGAACGGGAUGCGAUUUUGACUCCUACCACAGAACUUCAUGUGAGACUGGUGAUUGCGAUGGAAAACUCGAAUGUUGUGGAAGCAUUGGUCUCCCGCCAGCUACAUUGGUGGAGAUAACAUUACAGGUUGACCAGGGCAGGCCCAGUUCCUACGACGUGAGCUUGGUGGACGGAUACAACCUGCCCGUCUCCGUUUCAACGACUCGGUCUUCGCCGGAAUGCUACAUCGGCGGGUGUUCCAAGAACCUGAAUGAUGCUUCCGUCUGCCCGCCGGAGCUCCGAGUCCUGAACAACGCCGGCAAAGUCGUGGCGUGCAAAAGCGCGUGCUUGGCUUUCAACGCCGACCCGUUUUGUUGCAGGAACGAGUACGGAAGUCCCGACAAAUGCAAGCCGACGUUGUACUCGAAGAUUUUUAAGAAUGCAUGCCCCUCCUACGUUAGCUACGCCUAUGAUAGGCCUUCUCCGGCGGUCAACUGCUGGUCAGACAAGUAUUGGUUUACUUUCUGCCCCGACAAACAUGGUAGCGGCGGCUCAUCAACUUAAUUAAUAGUAUGCCAUUUAUAUUUUCAACAGGAUCAAAUAAGUCUUACCGAGUAUUUAAUUUAAUAAUAAAACAUAAGCAAUCUUAUUUAUACAAUUUAUAUGUGUUUUAGAAAACGUAAUUGUGGAUUUUAUAGUUCUUGGUGUGGUUGAAACUUAAUUCCCAUUAAUUUGCAUUCCAAACACCUAUCAAGUUUAAGUUCACUGUAAUGUUUUACUAUGUACGGGUAUGAUUCGGGGUUCCAUCUUAAAAGAGCUUCGGCCUUAUAAAAUCUAUGUCAUACAUAUUUUAGCACGUACAGUUGUUAGGAUGGAGCUUCCGCCAUUAUUUUUCUAAGUAAGUGAGUUUUGUAUGAGGAGGUCUAUUUCUGAAAAGAAGUUUAGCAAGUCUAUUUUUGAAAAGGGAAUUGAAAAGUGA